UUUAAUGUUGGUUAUGUCAAAAACAUAACCUUUAAAAUUCAUACAAAAAUUGAUAAAAAAAUGUAUAUAAUCUAACAUUACGAAAUGCUCCCAAACAUUUUUAGAUAUUUAAGUAACAAAUAUAAUUAUAGUUUAUUAAAAAAAACUAAAACAAAUUCGUUUAAUCGGAUUAUACACAUCACAAAAACCUUAAACCACGGCGAAUACGAAUGGAAAGAUCCUAAAUCUGACGAAGAAGUAGUAAAUAUCUGUAUCGUUAAAAAAGAUGGUGAAAAAGUUAAAAUUCGAGGUAAAAUCGGAGAUAACCUGCUUUAUUUAGCCCAUCGGUAUGGCAUCCCUAUGNAUAUUUGA